AUGGCGUGUGUCUUUUACGAGCAUUUAAACCGUGUUCCAGCCAAGAAAAUUAAAAUAACAGGGGAUUUUACAAGUUCGCCUAUAAUUAUUGACAAUGGAAAUUAUGAAUGUCGUGCAGGUUUUUCACAUUUUGAGGAACCCUAUUUAACUUUCCCAAACGUAGUGUACCGUCCACGAAUGUCAAAAGAUGUUGUUGUUGGGAAUGACAUUCAGGACCUGGAGUUCGUACGUCAUAACCUGAAGUCUCCGUUCAUAGACAAUCUUGUCAUUAAUCUAGAUGUACAGGAACAGGUGAUGGGACAUGUCUUCGACAAACUCAAUGUUCAAGAGCCAACUUCUAAUCCCGUCAUAAUUAGUGAAGCAUUAUGCAAUCCCGGUGUAUGUAGAUCUCAACUAACUGAACUACUGUUUGAAACCUACCACGUUCCAAAGCUGUUGUUUUACGUCGAUUCUCUGGCCUCCUACUAUAACUUUCAACGUCUGAGAAAUAUUGAUCAGAAUGCUAACUGUCUCCUUAUAUCCUUUGGGUAUCAGAGAACCCACAUCAUCCCGAUUAUCUCAUUUCGUAAUACAGAGACACCGUUAGUUGUUAAACCUUUGAUACAAGCCGCUCGUCGUCUCCACACAGGAGGUGCUCAUGCUAGCUGGAUGAUCCAGCGUUUACUUCAGUUGAAAUAUCCUUCUCAUUCGGAACGCAUUACUACAGGACUAGCUGAGCAAUUGGCUCAUUCUCACUGUUGGUUGGCUUCCAAUUAUAGACAAGAAAUGGUUAAAUGGAAGUGUGAUGAAUUUCGUCGAAGUCAUACAGUCAAAGUGCAGCUUCCAUUUACUAAGCCAUCGACUGAAGACAUGAAAGCACUGGCUGAUCGUAAACGUGCUCAAACUGAACGCUUGCUCAGUGUACAUCGAAAACGUCAACAAAAACAAUUCGAAUCAACUCAAAAACGCUUAGACAGCCUUAAUAUGGUGGAGAAUUUAAUGAAACAGGGCGACUCUCCAAUUGUAAAGCAAAUUCUUUCCAACUUAGGUUUAUUCAAUACAACGGAUUUAAGUCAUGAAAUUGAUGCAUGUCAUAGAAUUAUUGAAAAACUACAAAGUCAACUUAAUCCUAGUAAGAUCGAAUCCAUAUCGUCAACAGAAAAGAUUGAAACGACUAGCUAUUUAAAUGAUAAUUAUCAAAAUGAUAGUGUCAAUAAUGGAAAAAAAGAACCAGUGGGUUUUAUUUCUGUUGAUGAGACUCAGCAAGAUGAAAAAUUUAAGUCGUCUUAUUCAUAUUUACUAGAAAUGCUUAAUACUGUCUACACAAAUUCACUUAGCACAGUAUCUAACGAAUUAACUGGUCGAUAUAAACGUGCCGCCGAAUUAUUAAUAUCACAAUCAUUACCUUCUGCUGUACAAACACAAAUGUGUCUGAAUACGAGUUCAAGUGAUUGGAAGUUCACUGAAGCUAAACUACGUCAUCGUAUCGAAAUGGCACGAGAUAUUGAAUUUGUAAACGGUGAUGAUUUUGCUCUGUGGUUAAACUCACUAAGAGAUCGUCGAGUGUAUAUAUCGAAAAAACGGGGUCAACGUCAAAAUCGUGUAGACUUAGCAACACAAAUAGGCCUUCAUACAAAUGACCAGUUUGAUAUUGGAUCGGAUCCGGAUGAUUUUACUGUUCAGUCCAAAUCUACACUUACUACACCAAAUAUUUCCGCUAAUAAUUCUGGACGUAAUGGAAUAAGUAGUGAUCCUACAAAUACUGGACCCAAUGAAAAUAAGUAUAAUGACUCCAAGAAAGUCUUAACAGAACGUCGUCGUAUGCAACUGGAAAAAAUACAUGCCAUGGCAGCUGAAUUGAAACCAUCAAGAGGUCGUUCUCGAGGAAAUGGACGUGGUAUUCGACCGGGUGCAGUAUCCCGUGGAUCUUUUAAAUCACGUGGUCGUGGUCGAGGUUUACGUGCUGAGAAUGACAAUCGUGUUUCUACUCUGGAAAUAAAUUCUGUUAUUGAUGAAAACGACACAUUAGAGGAUGAGAAUUCUGAAUUACUGGGUUUUGAUGAUUCCAUAGAAACGGAACAGAUUAAUUCUUUAAAUACAUUAAAUCGCCUAUGGGAUCCUGAUGCUGACGAAAAUACAAAUGAAGAUUCCAAUCUAUCUAAUGUUAUAAAAAAGACUAACAUAUCUGAUUAUCGUACAGAUACUACAGGUGAUGAAAGUGAAAAUGAACGAGAUCAAUUAGCAGUUAUCGACAGUCUUUUAGCACUUUAUGACCCAGAAGCUUCAAAGGACUUGGGAGUUACAGAUUUAAAAGUUGACUUAGAUCAAUUUUAUCAGAUUCACGUUGAUACAGAAUUGAUGCGAUCUCAUGAAGUUCUAUUUCAACCGAGUUUUAUGGGUAGUUCAGAAGCCGGACUCUCCGACUGUUUAGAGUUUGUAUUACGAGAUACAUCACGCUUAAUUGACAAUUCAUCUGAGCCAAGUUUUCCUCAAAGAAUAUAUUUAACCGGUGGUGUUGCUGCUCUACCUGGUCUUCCUGACCGAAUUCGAUGUGAUAUUAGGCCUUUGUUACCUGUUGGAUCGAAAUGGGAUAAUAUUGAGGUCAUAGUAGCCGCUAAUCCUCAUUUGGAUGCCUGGCACGGAGCCCGUCAUUUCGCAAACUCAUCACAUACCGAAGAAUACUAUACAACUAAACAGAUGUAUGAAGAAUACGGUUCAUAUUAUUUUAAAGAUCAUCCUUUGGGUAAUCGUUAUUGGAUUAAUACAAAGUGA